CAUACCGUACAUUUUUGUAGCUCCAAAUUUCACUCUCUUUCUGAAAUGCACGGAUUUAAAAAGCUCUGUGUCCCUGAUUGGCCAGCUAAUCUGUAUGUUGUGAUUGGCCUGAAUACCUAUGACGUCAGCGGAAAUGUGAUACUCCUUACCAUGUUUAAAAGAUUCGCUCACAAUGCAAAGCUAACAGGAGUUAACUUACAGGCUGUGAGUCCGAAGCGGGAGCAAUUAUGAUAAUGUCGGUCUUGUCUACAUCACCAAUCCAAGGAUGUACACUGUUGCCUACAAUCCGUGUGUUUGUUGUAGUCCAAGAAAAGAGAUUUAUGUUGGAGACGAUAACUCGCGUCAUUGUUUACUUUGUACCUUUUGCAUAUCGUUAACAUGUAUUAAUACACACUUACACACCAAAGGACAAUAGGUGCUCUUUAAUAGUACUUUUACUUUUAAUUGAUGUACUAUGGCUACAUCAUAUUAAAAUACUCUUAAUUUUGUAAUGGUGUGUGUUUCAAUAUUGACUGUGCAUCAUAUCUAAACUAUACCGCUGGAUGUGUCUGGGUAUCAUGUUGCACAGUGCAUGUAUGCCAACAUGAUACCUUUGAAGGUAUUUCAAUUGCACGCUCAGGUUUCAUUAACACCAGUUGUGAGUUUCUUACACACGCACACACAGGUACAGGUACAAAAUGGCCAUUGAUCCUGUUGCCAUAGUGACCUGACUGACCUACAGGAGGGUUUCAGUUUCCCACAACUGAAGACAGCAGAUGACUCCCAGUAUAUAUGUGCACAUGAAGUGUUGGAAAGGUACUGAUAAUAUUUUAACAGCAAGAUCAGACUCAGAGAGACGCAAGUCUGGUGGAGCAUGGCAGAGCCUGGUGUCCGUCUUCCUUUGGAGCAGGUGAAAAUGAGCGCUGUCUCUGAUGAGCGUGUGGACUUCCUUAGAGAACAGGCCUUCACUGUUCUACGGGUCAAAACAGACAAGUGGAACCGUUUUAUCGGCCUGGAGGAGAACCAAAGAACCCUCAUUGACUUCCUGGACCAGAGCUGGCGAGAGUAUUUGAUUUUGUUCAUGGGACCGGGAGGAACACUGCAUGCGGGAGAUGAACAGAGCUACUCUUUCUGGAAGACCAAGCAUCUGUGCGUGCUUAAGAAAAGAAAGGGUGUCAUCUCCAAAACCUCCUUUAGAUCCCAGCUUUGGCUCGGAGAGGUUCCUGCGCAACCCAUGGAUUUUGCUCCUCUGAUCAUCUCGCAGGUGUUGGUCUCCAUCCUUGGAUGUCCACUGAAUCAGUCUGCCUGGCCUCGGGUGGUCGGUCAGGACGUUUGCAGACAUCUUGAGCGUCUGCAAGGUCAAGCGGUCACACUGAGAGGACGAGCUCAAGGUCAAAUCCUUCUGCCCCUGCCGCUGUGUGUGGAAAGAAAAGACCAAGAACAGCUCGGCUCGGAUUUGUGUCUGAUAGACAGGGCGUUAUUGUACUCAAUUGAGACCAUGGUGAUUCAGUGGUGUCAGCUGAUGGGCUCUGUGCUGCAGCGGGACUCUUCUAAGCUACUGCACGACGGGGACCACCCGGGCCCCACGGUGGAGCUCAGUUUCUGGGCUAAACAGAGAGCAAAUUUAUUAGGAAUCCAGAAACAGCUGCAGAACCCAAAGGUUGAUCAGGUGCUCGAAAUUUUGCAGAGGAUCAACAGCAGUUAUUACGCUCCUUUCUUCGACAUAAUUCAGAAAGUCAACCACGCGGUGGUGGAGGCUGAGGACAUAGAUCUGCACUUGCGUACAUUGCGGCGACCCAUAGCUGCAUUUGAAGAACGGAUCUUCACCGAUCUGGAGCGUCUGAUCCCCGCUCUGUUUCACACAUUUGCUCUCAUCUGGACACAUUCACGCUUCUACUGUCACCCCACACGCAUUGUCACUUUGCUUACAGAGUUUUGCAACCUGCUCAUAGAGAAGGCAUCUCUGUAUCUGAUUCCUGAGGAGCUCUUCAAAAUGGAAUUAGAGGAGGGUGUGGAAAGGGUUCGGAAAGCGAUCCAGGUGUUUUGUGCGUUCAAGAGGAGUUUUCGGCAGCACAGGGACAAGCUGACACCCAUUGGACCCUACGGCCGCCAUGGACUCACAGUCAAACCCUGGGACUUCCCAUCUGAGCUUGUGUUUCACCGCACUGACUGUAUCAUGAAGAGACUGCACAUGAUCGAGGAGUUGUUUGCCUCAGCUCUGGACUUUCUGAAGUUGGAGCGGGUGGAGUUGGGCGGCUCCAGAGGGAAGAUUCUCAGUGAGAUGGUGUACAGCAUGAACGAUGAAUUCCUGGACAGCUGGAGAACUCUAAGAGAGAGCAAAUAUGAUCCACUCGACUACAACAAUAAAGAGUUUGUGCGUGAUUAUAAUCGAUUAAUGGAACAGUACAGAGAUUUCGAUCAGAGACUGGGAACAGUAAUAAACCUGGCUUUCCAACAUUCUCCGGGCUUAGAGUCUGCUUUUAAGCUCCUGCAGAUCUUUGGUGCUUUGUUGGAGAGGCCGAGGGUUCACCAACUUUUCGCACCAAACUAUAAUCAGCUGGUGGUGAUGUUUCAAGAAGAGGUCGACCUCUGUCAGCACAUACUGGACACACAGAGAGACAAGUUACGGACUGACUGUCCCAUUCUUGCUAAAAACAUGCCAUAUGUUGCUGGUAACCUCAAAUGGUCUCAAGAACUCAGAGAACGGAUCUUGUCCAGCCGCAGUAAACUCAGCCAGCUUACACAUAUGCCACUAGACAGUCCUGAAGCAAAGCAGGUGUUGCGGGUGUGUGAAGGUGUACUGGAGGUUCUGGAUCAGCUCGAUGAGGAAGUCUACACUAAUUGGAGCGCUGGAUUGGACGAAUUGUGUCAGGCCCAUCUGAAUGACCCAUUGCUCUUAUUGGACAAGGAGAGUAGACUUUACAGCGUGAACUUUAACCCUGCUUUGACGUCGGUAUUAAGGGAAGUUAAGUAUCUUGGAAUUUUGAAAAACGACAACAUUCCCACGGCAGCUGUGAGUCUGUACUCUAAACGGGAAACACUUCACGUGUACACAAGUACUCUGUCCCAGAUCUGUCAGUGGUACAAUAAGCUACACAACACAAUUCUCACUGUUGAGCUGCGAUUGGUUGAGUCUGAGCUGGAAGAAGUAAGGCGUAAGCUGAGGCCAGCAUUAAAAGAACUGCAGUGGAGUGAUGAAGACCUUUCUGACUACAUCAAAAGCACAUGUGAUCUGGUGCGUGGUGUGUCAGAGCGUGUGCAGAAGAGCAAGGCCAACCUUGACAAACUGCAGGGGCUGAUGGGAGUUUUCAGUCACUCUGCCUGCAUUACACGCAGGACAAGUCGCCAUGGCAACCUGCUGAACCUCGACGAUGUUGAGGAGAAUAUCCAUCGGCAAUACGCUCUUAUCGCACAGACAGGAGAGAAGAUACAUGAGCUUGUGCAGGAUAAUGCUGUUCUGCUUGGUGCAGAUGUAGACUCGGAGGCUUGGCAGGCUUACACAGAACACGUGGACAGAAUCGUUCUUUCUGGGUUCUGCAGUGCGGUGCGAUGUUCCCUCCAGUACCUAGUUGAAAACACAGAUCCAGCGCCCCGCAUCGCUCCUCUGUUCGAAGUUCAGUUGACCCUGACCUCGGACAUGACCUUUUGCCCCUCGCUCGACCUGUCUAAGAAAGGCAACUUUUACGACAUUAUUGACCAGAUGGUGGCAGAUAUUUUUAAAAUGGCUUCUUUCAUGAAAAGAGUGUCCAAGAUCAAACAGUCAGAGACAUAUCAGGCAGAUGUAUAUCAGAUACCCGAGUUAGAAGAGUUGGCACAGCUGGUGCGUUGCCGUGCACGCGGGGCCAUCGCCAAAGUCAAAGAAUUUCAACAUUCCUUCGAUUCCUAUCGCUACCUUUGGACCGGAGACAGGGCAGAAUUCAUGAGGCAGUUUCUGCUCUAUGGACACGCCCUCUCUGCGGAGGAGGUGGAGCUUUAUGCAGAUUACGAGCUGCGUAAAAACCCACCCAAACUGCAGAACUUCAGAGAGCAGAUCAGCGAGUUUGAGGAUCUUUACAUGAAGGUAGAUGUGUUAGAGGAGAAGAGAGUGUUUUGUGGCUGGUGUCAGGUGGACAUCAAACCUUUCAAAAUCUCUCUCAUGAACAAUAUCAAGAAAUGGAGCUGGAUGUUCAAAGAGCACCUGCUUAACCAUGUCAAUGACAGUGUGCAAGAAUUGGCAUCAUUUAUCGAGAAUACAGAGCUUGGGUUGGCAAAGACUGUUACCGACGGGGACUACGGCAAACUGGUGGACAUUAUGGGUCACCUAAUGGCUAUCAGACACCGUCAGCUAAGCACGGAGCAGCAUUUUAAACCCCUCAAAGCGACUGCAGAACUGCUCAAAACAUACAACCAACAGCUACCAGAGCAUAACUACGUACUGUUGGAGUCACUUCCAGAAAAAUGGAAGAACCUUAAAAAGGUGGCAUUUAUAGUAAAACACGAGGUUGCUCCUCUCCAAUCCAACGAAGUUGCAGUCAUCCGCAGAAAAUGCGUACGGUUCGAGAUUAAACAGCAUGAAUUCAGGGAGCAGUUUCGCACCGAGUCGAUCUUCUACAUUAGCCUGGAGGAGCCGUACAAACUCAUCGACAAGUCGAAUCGUGCAGUGGCUCAUUUAGAGAGUGAGAUGUCUAAGCUUCAGCAAACUGCCAAUCUUUUUGAGGUCAGUUUUCCUGACUACAAACAACUCAGACAGUGUCGGUCAGACCUCAUCCUGGUUAAAGCAGUCUGGGAUAUGGUUAUGUUUGUCAAGUCCAGAAUCUCAGACUGGACAAAGACACCAUGGAAGGAGAUCAAUGUGGAGCAAAUGGACAUGGAGCUCCGGAGGUUUGCUAAGCAAAUGAAGACUCUGGAUAAAGAGGUACGUGCGUGGGACGUUUACAACGGCCUGGAAUCCAUCGUGAAGAACAUGUUGACGUCAUUACGAGCCGUGAAUGAACUUCAAAACCCUGCCGUCCGAGAGAGACACUGGCAACAGCUCAUGCACACAACAGGGGUAAGUUUUGUGAUGGAUGAGAACACCACACUCGGUGAUCUGUUAGAGCUGCAGCUCCACCGUGUGGAAGAGGAAGUGAAGAACAUUGUGGACAAAGCCGUGAAAGAGAUGGGCAUCGAGAAGAUUCUGGGUGAGAUCCAACAAACAUGGUCUAUGAUGUCUUUGUCGUACGAGACGCACACCAGUACCGGAACACCUCUGCUUAAAGCUGAUGAGAACCUCAUUGAAACCCUGGAGGACAACCAGGUUCAGCUCCAGAACAUUCUUAUGAGUAAAUAUGUGGAAUAUUUCAUGGUGGAGGUGAGUGGCUGGCAGCGGAAGCUGAUGAUAGCCGAUCUGGUAAUCGGCACAUGGCUGGCGGUCCAGCGCACGUGGGCUCACCUCCAAAGCAUCUUCACAAACUCUGAGGAUAUCCGAAAUCAGCUGGCCCAUGAUGCUGAGCAAUUUCGAGGCAUUCACCAGGAUUUCCAGGGUUUAAUGGUCACUGUUGUGGAGACAAAUAAUGUGAUUAAAGUCACAAACAAGCCAGGCUUCUUAGAACAACUUGAAACUCUUCAGCAAAGAUUGUCUGUGUGUGAGAAGGCUCUGGCGGAGUAUUUAGAGACGAAGCGUUUGACAUUUCCAAGGUUUUACUUUGUCUCUGCUACUGACUUGCUGGAAAUUGUUUCCAAGGGAACUCAACCCAGACAGGUGACACGGCACCUGCUGAAGCUCUUUGAUAAUCUUGCUGAUCUGAGCUUUAAAGAGGAAGAUGAAGCUCUUGAAUCAGAAACAACAAUAGCAUUGGGAAUGUACAGCAGAGAGGGAGAGUAUGUGGCAUUCUCACAGCCCUGUGUGUGUGAGGGACAGGCAGAGUGUUGGCUCAAUGCUCUGGAGCAGGCCAUGCGUUCUACUGUUCGCCAGGAGAUCUCAGAAGCUGUGGCAGCUUAUGAAGACAAACCACGAGAUCAGUGGCUCUUUGACUACCCAGCGCAGGUGGCACUGACUGGCAGUCAGAUUUGGUGGGCGACUGAUGUGGGAAUUGCCUUUGACAGGGUGGAAGAGGGUUUUGAAACUGCACUGAAAGACUACAACCGAAAACAGAUCAAUCAGCUGAACUCUUUGAUAAACAUGCUACUUGGUGACCUCACCCCUGGAGACAGACAGAAGAUCAUGACCAUCAGCACUAUCGACGUCCACGCUCGUGACGUAGUCGCCAAACUUAUUUCACAGAAGGUGACCAAUGGGCAGGCGUUUGCAUGGUUGUCGCAGUUGCGCCACAGAUGGGACGAGGCGCAGAAACACUGUUACGUCAACAUCUGCGAUGCACAAUUUCAGUUCUCAUAUGAGUAUCUAGGCAACACCAAUAGACUGGUCAUAACACCGCUGACUGACCGAUGUUACAUCACUUUAACCCAAUCUCUGCACCUCACCAUGAGUGGCGCCACCUCUGGUCCUGCCGGGACUGGCAAGACCGAAACUACCAAAGAUUUGGGCCGCUCUCUCGGCAUCAUGGUCUAUGUGUUUAACUGCUCAGAGCAAAUGGACUACAAGUCCAUAGGUAAUAUCUAUAAAGGUUUGGCACAAACAGGUGUCUGGGGUUGUUUCGAUGAGUUCAACAGGAUCUCGGUGGAGGUUCUGUCUGUGGUUGCCGUACAGGUAAAAACCAUUCAAGAUGCUGUCCGUAACAAGAAACACAGGUUUCACUUCCUAGGGGAAGAGAUCGAGUUGAGGCCAACAGUUGGGAUUUUCAUCACUUUGAACCCUGGAUACGCAGGGAGAACCGAAUUACCAGAGAACCUCAAAGCGCUCUUCAGGCCAUGUGCGAUGGUGAUACCUGACUACGAGUUAAUCUGUGAGAUCAUGUUGGUGGCUGAAGGUUUUAUUGAUGCACGCCUGCUUGCAAGGAAGUUCAUCAGCCUUUAUACACUUUGCAAAGAGCUGCUCUCCAAACAGGAUCAUUAUGACUGGGGCUUAAGGGCCAUAAAGUCAGUCCUGGUUGUUGCUGGGUCACUUAAGAGGGAGGAGAGAAGCCGUCCUGAAGAGCAGGUGCUGAUGCGUGCACUGCGAGAUUUCAACCUGCCGAAGGUCGUGACGAGCGACGUGCCGAUCUUCCUGGGACUGAUCAGUGAUUUGUUUCCUCUUCUGGACAUCCCACGCAAGAGAGACCACGUGCUUGAGCAGAAUGUACGGCAGUCGAUACUUGAGCUCCACCUGCAGCCUGAAGAGAACUUUAUACUGAAGGUGACCCAGCUGGAGGAGCUGUUGACGGUGAGACACUCUGUUUUUAUAGUGGGCGGAGCCGGGACAGGAAAAAGUCAGAUUCUCAAGACGCUACAUAAGACCUACUCCAACAUGAAACUGAAGCCCAUCUGGACAGACAUCAACCCCAAAGCUGUCACAACCGAUGAGCUGUUCGGCUUUUUGCACCCAGUCACACGAGAGUGGAAGGACGGUCUGUUUUCUUCUACCAUGAGAGAACUAUCUUCUAUACCGCACGAUGGACCUAAGUGGAUUGUUCUCGAUGGAGACAUCGACCCGAUGUGGAUUGAAUCUCUGAACACCGUCAUGGAUGAUAAUAAGGUACUUACACUGGCCAGUAAUGAACGGAUAUCAUUAACUCCUUCUAUGCGCUUGCUGUUUGAGAUCAGCCAUCUGAAGGCUGCCACACCGGCAACCGUAUCUAGGGCUGGAAUCCUUUACGUGAACCCCCAGGAUCUGGGCUGGAGUUCGUAUGUAACAAGCUGGAUUGACACCCGUAAUGCCCAAUCGGAGCGAGCCAAUCUUACUAUCUUGUUUGAUAAGUAUGUGCCCUACUGUCUGGAACAAAUCAGAUGCAACUUGAAGACAAUUACACCCAUACCUGAGUCGAGUAUGGUACAGACCCUGUGUUGCCUGCUGGACUGUUUGUUGACCCAUGAAAAUACCCCUCCUGACUCUCCCCGUGAGCUAUACGAAAUCUACUUUGUGUUUGCAUGCGUCUGGGCCUUUGGAGGGGCUCUGUUCCAGGACCAUCUCAUAGACUACCGGUCAGAGUUUAGUCGUUGGUGGUGUAAGGAAAUGAGAGCUGUGAAGUUUCCAUCGCAGGGCUCAGUGUUUGAUUACUACAUCGACCCCAAGACUAAACGCUUCACCCCUUGGAAUGAGCGCACGCCACCCUUUGAGCUGGAGCCUGACAUCCCGAUACAGACAAUGUUGGUGCAUUCUGCGGAGACGAUCUCUCUGACAUACUUUAUCGAGUUGCUCCUGCAGAAGGGGAAGCCAGUGAUGCUGGUGGGAAAUGCUGGUGUGGGCAAAACCAUCUUGGUCUGGGACACUAUCUCCAAACUCAAAGAGGAGUUCAUGGUGGCCAAAGUGCCAUUCAAUUAUUACACGACCUCGGCCAUGUUACAACGUGUGCUGGAGAAACCAUUGGAGAAAAGAGCGGGGCGCAACUUCGCUCCUCCUGGCACUAAAAAGCUCAUCUACUUUGUGGAUGACUUGAACAUGCCCGAGGUAGAUGCCUAUGGCACUGUCCAACCUCACACCCUUAUUAGACAACACCUGGACUACUCUCACUGGUAUGACCGUCAGAGGUUGGCUCUCAAAGAGAUUCAUAACUGUCAGUACAUUACCUGCAUGAACCCAACCGCAGGAAGCUUCUCCGUCAACCCUAGACUACAGAGGCAUUUCUCUGUGUUUGCUGUGCAUUUCCCUGGUGCGGAGGCUUUAAACACUAUUUACAGCAGCAUCCUGAGCGGUCACUUCCAGCAGGGCGGUUAUAGUUACGGCGUGAGUCGCAUGGUCAGCACAGUGGUCCAGGCUGCCAUCUGCCUUCAUCAGAAAAUGAGCCAGAACUUUCUGCCCACUGCAAUUCGCUUUCACUAUAUUUUCAACCUCAGAGACAUCUCUAACAUCUUCCAGGGAAUUCUCUUUGCCCCGCCUGAGAAUAUGCGGUACCCUAUAGAUCUGGUGUACCUGUGGCUACACGAGUCCUCUCGCGUCUAUUCAGACAAACUCAUGGAGGAGAAAGAUGUCGAGCUGUUUAACAAGAUCCUGCUGGACACGGGCAAGAGAUACUUUGAGGGAAUAGAUGAGUCUAUCUUCAUCAACCAGCCGUUGAUCUACUCUCAUUUCGCUUACGGUGUGGGCGAGCCACGUUACGCCCAGGUGACCGACAUCGAGAAGCUUCAGAAGACCCUGAUGGAUGCGCUGGAGCAUUACAAUGAGCUGCACUCCGACAUGAACCUGGUGCUGUUUGAGGAAGCCAUGCAACACAUCUGCAGGAUCAGUCGCAUUCUCGAGUGUCCUGUGGGAAAUGCAUUGCUGAUCGGAGUGGGCGGAAGUGGGAAACAAAGUCUCUGUCGACUGGCUGCUUUUCUAAGCGGCCUUGAAGUGUUUCAGAUCACACUGCGCAAGGGCUAUGGCAUUAGCGACCUGAGGAGUGAUAUAGCUGCUCUAUACAUAAAAGUGGGAGUAAAAAACAUUGGUACAGUCUUCCUGCACACAGAUGCCCAGAUUCCUGAUGAAAGAUUCCUAGUGCUGAUCAAUGACAUGUUGGCAUCAGGGGAUAUCCCUGACCUUUUUGGUGAGGAAGAGGUAGAUAUGAUCAUCUCCUCUAUCCGUGUGGAGCUUAGGGCAAUGGGCUUGCUGGACACGCGCGAGAACUGCUGGAACUUCUUUAUUGACCGCAUACGCAGGCAACUAAAGGUGGUGCUGUGUUUCUCUCCAGUCGGUUUCACUCUUCGCACACGUGCACGGAAGUUUCCGGCUCUCGUGAACUGCACCGCCAUCGACUGGUUUCAUCCUUGGCCCCAGCAUGCACUGCAGUCUGUCAGCAGCACUUUCAUACAAAAUAUCCCUGACCUAGAGCCAGCGGUGCGAGCGUCCAUCAGUGACUUUAUCUCAUUCGCUCACACUUGUGUAAAUGAGGUGAGCGUGAAGUACCAGCAGAAUGAAAAACGCUUCAACUACACCACACCCAAGAGCUUUCUGGAGUUCAUGAAGCUCUACGACAACCUGCUGGGGACCAAAAGAAGAGAACUCAUCCAGAAGAUGGAGCGCUUGGAGAACGGCCUGCAGAAAUUACUGACCACUGCAUCGCAGGUGGAGGAUUUAAAGGCUAAAUUGGCCACACAGGAAGUGGAGUUACAGCUGCGGAACACAGACACUGAAGCGCUUAUUGCUAAAAUUGGCCAGCAGAGCGAGAAAUUCAGUCACGAGAGAAGUGUAGCCGAUGCGGAGGAACAGAGAGUAGAAGCGAUUCAAGCUGAGGUGACAAAACAGCAGCAGGAAACUGAAGCGGACCUGGCAAAGGCACAACCGGCGUUACAGGCGGCUAAUGCAGCACUCAACACACUCAACAGGCUGAAUCUAACCGAGUUGCGGACUUUUCCGAACCCUCCCGUCAUCGUGACUAAUGUGUCUGCCGCUGUGCUGGUUCUUCUGGCCCCUAACGGCCGGAUCCCCAAAGAUCGAAGCUGGAAGGCAGCUAAAGUCGUCAUGAGCAAAGUGGAUGAUUUUCUGCAGGCGCUGGUUAAUUUUGAUAAAGAGCACAUCCCUGAAGCUACGGUGCGGGUGAUUAAAGACGAGUAUCUGAGCGAUCCUGACUUCAACCCCGAGUUUGUGCGUCUCAAAUCGUCUGCAGCGGCCGGGCUUUGUGCCUGGGUCAUCAACAUCAUCCGUUUUCACGAGGUCUUCUGUGAGGUAGAUUUGAAGAGGAUGUGUCUGUCUCAAGCAAAUGCAGAUCUGAUCGAGGCUGCAGAGAAACUGGAGAUCAUCAGAAAGAAACUGACUGAGUUGGACAGCAACUUGGACACGCUAAAGGCAGCGUUUGAAAAAGCCACAUCAGAGAAACUGCGCUGUCAGGACGAGGUGAACCGCACCAAUACAACCAUUCAGCUGGCCAACCGCCUGGUCAAAGGCUUGGAGUCAGAAAAUGUGCGCUGGGUUCACUCUGUAGCUCAGUUCAGAGAGCAGGAGUCGACUCUGUGUGGAGACGUUCUCCUCACUGCAGCCUUCAUCUCAUACGCUGGAUCCUUCUCAAAGAGAUACAGACAUGAGCUACUGCACAACCUCUGGAUGCCUUACCUUCGCUCCCAGAAGGUGCCCAUUCCCAUGACCGAGGGAUUAGAUCCCAUUUCCAUGCUAACAGAUGAUGCCACAAUAGCUAAGUGGAAUAACGAGGGCCUGCCAGGUGAUAAGAUGUCCACCCAGAAUGCCACUAUACUGACCAACUGUGAGCGGUGGCCUCUGCUCAUCGACCCUCAGCUACAGGGCAUCAAGUGGCUCAGGAGUCACUAUGGCAACAAACUCAAAGUCAUUAACCUCGGUCAGAAAGGGUACGUGGAUGUAAUUGAACAAGCAGUGGUCUCUGGAGAACCCGUAUUGAUUGAGAAUCUAGAGGAGACAGUUGAACCAGUCAUUGAUCCGCUGCUGAGUCGACAAACCAUCAAGAAGGGCAGAUGUAUUAAAGUUGGGGAUAAGGAGUGUUACUUCCAUCCAGACUUCCGUCUGCUUCUGCACACUAAGCUGGCAAACCCUCACUAUAAACCCGAGAUCCAGGCCCAGACCACCCUCAUCAACUUCACUGUGACCCGCGACGGGCUCGAGGACCAGCUGCUCGCAGAGGUGGUCAGCCUGGAGAGACCCGAUCUGGAGCACCUAAAGUCAGAGUUGACAAAACAGCAGAACACAUUUAAGAUCGAGUUAAAACAGCUGGAGGAUGAGUUACUGAUGCGUCUCUCUGCGGCCGAGAGUAACUUCCUAGGGGACGACGUUCUGGUGGAGAAACUGGAAAGCACCAAACAUACGGCUGCGGAGAUUGAGAUGAAGGUGUUGGAAGCAAAGGUUAAUGAGGUGAAGAUAAAUGAGGCUCGUGAACACUACCGGCCCGUGGCUGUCAGAGCGUCUCUCCUGUACUUUAUCAUCAACGACCUAAACAAGAUCAACCCCAUGUACCAGUUUUCCCUCAAGGCGUUUAACGUCGUGUUUCACAAGGCUGUACAGAGUGCAGAUGUCUGUUCUGAUGUCAAGACCCGCGUGAACACACUGAUAGAUUGUAUCACCUUCUCUACAUUCAAUUACAUCAACAGAGGCUUGUUUGAGAGAGACAAGCUCACCUUUGCUGCACAGCUUACAUUUCAGUUGUUGUUAAUGAAUAAAGAGGUGGACCCUCGGGAACUGGACUUUCUGCUGCGCUUCAACAUUGACCACAGUUAUAUCAGCCCACUGGACUUUCUGUCCAACUCUGCGUGGAGCGCCGUUAAAACUAUGAGCUUCACAGAUGAGUUUCGUGGCCUGGAUCGGGAUAUAGAGGGUUCUCCCAAACGGUGGAAGAAAGUGGUGGAGUCUGAAUGCCCGGAGAAAGAGAAACUACCACAGGAAUGGAAGAACAAGAGCUCGCUACAGAAACUCAUCCUCAUGAGAGCUUUCCGACCUGACAGAAUGACAUACGCCGUCCGGAACUUUGUGGAAGAGAAACUGGGCGUGUCGUACACAGAGGGCAGGAAAAUGGAGUUUGCUAGAUCAUUUAAAGAGUGCGGUCCUGCCUCUCCCGUCUUCUUCAUCUUGUCACCAGGAGUGGACCCACUUAAAGAUGUCGAGUCCCUGGGUAAGAAACUGGGUUUCACUAUAGACCUUGGGAAGCUCCAUAAUGUGUCCCUAGGACAGGGCCAGGAAUCUGUGGCCGAACUCGCCAUGGAAAAGGCUUCACGCGAGGGCCACUGGGUCAUCCUACAGAACAUCCACCUGGUGGCCAAGUGGCUUGGCAGUCUGGAGAAGCUCCUAGAACGUUGCUGCGAGAACAGUCACCAAGACUACCGAGUGUUCAUGAGCGCAGAACCUUCUCCGACCCCACAGGAACACAUCAUUCCACAAGGCAUUCUGGAAAAUUCCAUUAAGAUCACUAAUGAGCCGCCAACGGGUAUGCUGGCCAACUUACAUGCUGCUCUGGACAAUUUCGAUCAGGACAUCCUGGAUCAGUGUUCCCGUGAGCAGGAGUUCAAGACCAUUCUAUUCUCGCUGUGUUAUUUCCAUGCAUGUGUAGCCGAAAGAAGGAAAUUUGGCCCCCAGGGGUGGAACAGAAAGUACCCUUUCAACACAGGAGACCUCACCAUAUCAGUAAACGUCCUCUAUAACUACCUGGAAGCCAACUCACAGGUACCAUGGGAAGACCUGCGCUACCUGUUUGGUGAGAUCAUGUAUGGUGGGCACAUUACCGAUGACUGGGACAGAAGAUUGUGCAGAACUUACCUGGAAGAGUACAUGCAACCUAACCAGUUCGACCGGAAGUUGUCACUGGCCCCAGGACUUGUUGUUCCUUCCAACCUGGAUUAUCAAGGUUACCAUGCUUACAUAGAUGAGAUGCUUCCCCACGAAAGCCCAGUGCAUUACGGGUUGCAUCCGAACGCAGAGAUCGAGUUUUUAACCGUGACGUCAGACAGCCUCUUCCACACCCUGCUGGAGCUGCAGUCCAGAGACUCCGGCAUGGGCGAAGGAUCCUCACAAACUACAGAAGAGAAGGUGAAGACGAUCUUGGAUGACAUCCUGGAGAAAUUACCGGAAGAGUACAACAUGUCCGACAUCACGUCCAAAACAGCCGAACGUUCGCCUUACAUUCUAGUCUGCCUGCAGGAGUGCGAGCGUAUGAACAUGCUCAUUCACGAAAUAAGACGUUCGCUUAAAGAAUUAGAUCUGGGGUUGAAGGGAGAGCUGGCGAUAUCAUCGGAGAUGGAGCAGAUACAAACAGCUUUGUUUUUCGAUAAUGUUCCUGAUACCUGGGCCAGGCUAGCCUACCCCUCUACAUACAGUCUUGCUCAAUGGUAUAAUGAUGUGUUGCUUCGCUGUAGAGAGUUGGACAGUUGGACUCAGGAUCUGUCUCUGCCAAGUGUGGUCUGGAUCUCUGGUUUAUUUAACCCUCAGUCUUUUCUAACAGCUGUGAUGCAGAGUUUAGCACGCAAGAACGAAUGGCCGCUAGACAAAAUGAACCUCACGGUGGACGUUACCAAAAAGUUUAAAGAGGAAUUUAACCAACCUGCCAGAGAGGGAGCUUACAUCUACGGCCUUUACAUGGAGGGUGCACGCUGGGAUAUUCAGGGUGGAACGAUUGCAGAGGCUCGCCUUAAGGAUUUAACACCCAGCAUGCCCGUUAUAGCCGUGAGAGCCGUUCCGAACGACCGUCAGGAGAUGCGCAACACCUACGAAUGCCCCGUCUAUAAAACCAAGCUACGUGCUAACACGUAUGUCUGGACCUUCAGUCUUAAGACCAGAGAGAGACCAGCGAAAUGGGUUCUCGCAGGUGUCGCCCUGCUGCUUAGUGUUUGAGACUGAAGAUUACUGUAGUGAUGUGACUUUAUGUGUGCUUAAUAUGAUGAUGGGGGAAUAAGAUAACUUUUCCAGCUCCCCUAGAGUUAAACAUUUGAUUUUUACCGUUUUGGAAUCCAUUUAGCCGAUCUCCGGGUCUGGCGGUACCACUUUUAGCAUAGCUUAGCACAAUCCAUUGAAUUUGAUUAGACCAU